AUGACGACAAUUCGCCUCGCCCGAGCUCUACGCAACGUUCGGCGCUAUGUAUGGGAUGACCCGGACAAGCCGCGGCGGGAGAAGCUGUUUCUCUUCAAGCUGGACUGUUUCCUGCUCACCUACACCUGCCUGGGGUACUUUUGCAAGAACCUGGCCCAGGCAAACAUCGACAAUGCUUAUGUGUCGGGCAUGAAGGAGGCGCUGGGCAUGGGCGGCAGCGAGCUGACGUACAUGGGCAACGUCUUCACGGCGGGCUAUGUGAUCGGGCAGAUUCCCGCCGUCAUUCUGGUGACUCGCGUGCGGCCCUCGCUGUUGAUCCCAACCUGCGAGCUCCUCUGGUCCGUCUGCACCUUCUGCUGCUCCACGGCGAAAACGGUGCAGCAGAUGUACGCCCUGCGCUUUCUAGUCGGAGUCUUUGAAUCGGCAUACUUCCCCUGCAUCGUGUAUAUCAUCGGUUCAUGGUACACGAGCGAGGAGCGGGCAAAACGGGUGACCAUCUUCUACUCGACUACCACGCUGGCGACCAUGUUCAGCGGCUAUCUGCAGGCAGGGGCCUACGACGGACUCAACGGGCAUCUGGGCCACUCCGGGUGGCAGUGGCUGUUCAUCAUCUGCGGGAUCAUCGGCCUCCCCUGCGGCCUGAUGGGCUUCUGGUUCAACCCAGACUUCCCCGAGACCACGCGUGCGUUUUAUCUGAGUCCGGCGGAGGUGGACUUUGCACGCCGGCGCCUGAUCCGCGCCGGCCAGAAGCCCCUGGGCAAGUCGUCCUGGACCCGGGGCAAGAUCCUGCAGAUCGUGCGGCAGUGGCAGUUCUGGGUGCUGCCGGUGACGUACUACAUCGUGCAGGCCGCGUGUCCCAACCAGCAGCCGGCCUUUGCCCUCUGGCUCAAGGCCGAAGGGUACAGCGUGUACAAGGUGAAUGUGCUCCCCACGGCGCAGGCGGGCAUUGCUGCCGCGGCGCAGAUUGCGGCGGGCAUGAUCUCGGACUCGCCGCUGUUCCGCGGGCGUCGAUGGGAGGCAAUUACGGGGAUGCAAGCCGGCACCUUCUUUGGCAUCAUCAUCAUGCUUAUCUGGGACGUGCCCCGGGCCUUGAAGUUCACCGGCUACUACUUCCUCUGGAUCGCGUACGGCGUGCCGGGCAUCUACUUCUCCUGGUUCCCUGACCUCAUCCCACACGACCACGAGAUGCGCGGCUUUGUCAUCGCCGUCUCCAACAUCUUCUGCUAUAUCAUGAUGAUCUGGUGGGACGACGCCAUCUGGCGCACUGCUGAGUCGCCGCGCUUUCAACCGGGGUUCAUUGGGGCUGCCGUGGGCUCUGUGGUGCUUGUCCUAGUGACCUAUGCUAUUCUCAAGCAGCAGCAGCGAGACGAGCGCCGACGCAGCCAGGAGGCCUUGGAUAGUGAUCAGCAGCCAGAGGUGACAGAAGCAAAUAACGAUGUGACUAGUGUCUAA